AUGACAAUGUCGCCUUCUACUCGAGCGAUACCUUUUGCAUCGGUAAGCGUAUUUGUGCAUGUCAUUUGCCGUUUAGACGCACCGUCUCCCACUGCAGCUAACAGGGAGCGUGAAGUGAGGGAGGCAUUACUUAAACUUGGGGUUACUCUUGCAUGUGCUGAGCACGCAGCAGAUUUGAUUGUAUCAGUUUCUGAAAACGAAACUGCGGUAGGAAGAACAGAAGCGUCGGAAAGGGUAGCGGUAACACGAGCUUGCGUGCAGGAAUGCAUCGACCGCCUGAAGAAGCUUCUUGCAAACGUCAAGAUCGUCGGCCCAAAAGCACAUUGCUCUGGAGGAAGGGAAGUUACAUGUAUAGGAAGGUCUGAAGGUACUGCAGCGAAUAGAACCAAUACCGGAGGAGAAGGCGUGCAGGAACUGACUCACCAAAACGGGAUAACAAACAGACCUUCAGUACAGAUAGAAGCCGUUAGGAUGGAGCCGGGUAGUGAAAGCUGUUCCGUCUCGCACUUGGGAGAUAUCAAAGUAGUUGUAGUGGAAACGCUUACGGAUGUGCCCUACUUAGCAGAGUUCGACCCUAGUGAAUGCGGCACCACUGCUUGUUGGUUUGGAGGGUUAGAAGAUGUUUCUGACGUGCCCUAUAUGUCUCCUUCCGAGGAACCUGUAAGGAUCGCGACCUCCGUGAAUCAGGAUGUCGUAGGGCCGUGUGCGCUAAGUAGUGAAGUCCCUCAACCAACCCGGAGUGAGUGUGGUACCACGACUCCACUGUCUCCAUGUAGUCCGUUAGGCGAAAUUCGUUCCAGUAGUAACUUUGAGCAGGUUGACAGCAGAUUGUCUCCCACUCCAAUACUAGCAGGAUUAACAGACGGGGCAAGUCGAACAGGGGGGAAUUGUACGUCGGAGGUUGUCGAGCGGAGUGGUAGUGGCUCUUUGCUUCCCUGUACAAAUGUAGCUGCAGUCACAGCAGCAGGAGAUUUGGUAGCAACACCAUUUUUAUCUGUUACUGCGGGAACAGUGGGUACUGAAAACGAGGAUAGAGUUGUUAGGAAACGCAAACGCUCUAGCGGGGCAACGGCAAGCAGACCUCGUGAAUGUAAGCGAGCACUGGAUAAGGGGAGUACCAAAAGGAAGAGGAGUGGGAGUACCAAGAAAGCAAGAAAUGCUGUGGAUGUAGGCGAGCCAGCGGCGGAGGAUCCGCUACAGCCGCUGCAACACGAAAUAGUGUACGUUGAUGACGACUCACUUGAUGCUCCGCCAUCACCACCUCCGGACAAGCAAUCCAAGCAACCACGAAAGCGAAAAGUGAAACCCUAUGUUUCUUCUUCUUCACGUCGUGGUCGGAGGUACCCUCACCGUAUAUUCGUGUCUUGCCACGAUGAGGAAAUGGAACGGGUACUCAACGAUGUAGUUUGUCAUAUUGGCGCUUCAGCUGUAGAUUACCUAUUUGGACGUGUGGAAAAACCCACUCAUUUUGUCACAGAACCAGAUAGUGAAUUAACACCUGCUGUGUUGCUUGCGAGAGCACUUGGUAUUCCCGUGUUAACUACUCAAUGGCUUCAAGAUACGAUAACGCAAGGGAAGUUUCCCGAAGAUUUGGAAAACUACGAGCAUCCCGUGUUUGGUAAACGAAGUGCACCAAUUCAAGGCCCUUCACCAGGUACCGACGGUACGACUACCUUGAGCCAACCGCGAACCGCAUUAGCAACAAAUCUAUCAACAAAUAGUGCCACCCGAUGUUUUGAAUCGGAUACAGGGUGUUACUAUAAUCCCUUCCUCUUUGGCGUCACAGUAUUUUUUGUUAGUAGUCCCCAUUCUCCACUUACGGAGUUUUUUGCGGAAAUCGUGCGGGUUCUUGGUGGGACGGUGACGAGACUUCCCACAUGCCGUAAGUUGUCCGUCAUUGUAAAUCUUUCUUAUGGCGCCAUAAGUGCUCCUGAGGAGGAAACCUUCAAAAAAGGUGAACAAACUUCUUCCCGUGUUGGUUCCAAGAGAUCUCGAAUAUCCUCCGCGCUCCCGCAAGUGGAUGAAUUGGUAUUAGAGUCGCAAGCGCUGUCCUUCACUUAUCCGAAUGCCUCGCUAGAUAUUUCAAAUGGAAGGAAAAGCGGAAUGAGUCGAGUGGAUUUGAAUACGGUACUGUGCAAGGACCUUCAAAAUGUUUUAAAGACGUGUCAGGAGUGCCGAUCAGAUACCGUUCCCGUAGUUUCUGUCGAAUGGCUCAUUCACUGCAUUAUGCAAGGAAGAGUAGUGGAGACGUCACCUUACACAGUUCCUACACUUACAGACGACACCACAACUAUUCUAAAGACGUGUGUUGCCAGUGGUUUGUUGGACUCAGCUGAGGCGCUUCUCCAAUGUGUUGUAGGGAAGUCUUAG